AUGGUGCGGGCUACGAGCUCUGCGCAUGGGCACAGAUGCUCGCGCGACGCGUCUCUACGACAUACACCACGGCAGGGCCCUUAUUCUGCUAAUUCACGGACAGUGGCGAAACGGUAUUCUACUGAUUUUCUAUCGCCUAACCGGACGCGCAUUGGCUCCGCACGAACUGAUUCAAACUGUUCGGUAUCAUUGCAGCAACAGAGCGUGUCAGUGAGAGUUGCGAUUGAGAAUCAAGAGUGGGCUGAGGCGAUGGCGGACUCUGUGACGUCACAACCAAAAUCACCGUUCAUAGCAAACUUUCUCGGACGCAGUGACGCCACAGUGCACCCGCCGUGGCCGGCGCUCGCGCAAGCUCCAUCCCCGGCACCCCUCCCCGCCCCGCGCAACGCCGCCCGCUUCAUUUCGUUCUCGCGGUUACUUCUCGAUUACGUGCUUCGCGUGCUGACUGAUUUUCUAUAG